AAUUUCGAUGAUGCUGUUUGGCCUUAGGCGUGAAGUAAUAGAAGAAGUAGUCUUUAUAAACUCUCUGUAAAUUCGAUUUUAGUUUGUCUAUAAUCUUCGAUCUCCCUCGACAUUUUCUUCAUAGAAUUGAAAUCGAUCGAAGUCCGUAUAAAUCUUGGUUUUUUUAAUCUGAAAUUUCCCUUCAUUUCGAUCCUAUUUGAUCAACUGAUCAGCAAUUUCAAUGGCUACCAUCGGGAACAACAAUCUCAAUGCGAAGCUUGUUCUCCUUGGAGAUAUGGGCGCUGGGAAGUCAAGUCUCGUUUUGCGCUUCGUUAAGGGCCAAUUCCUUGAAUUCCAGGAGUCGACAAUCGGAGCAGCGUUCUUCUCGCAGACGCUGGCAGUGAAUGAUGCGACAGUGAAAUUUGAGAUUUGGGAUACUGCCGGGCAGGAGAGGUACCAUAGCUUGGCUCCCAUGUAUUACCGAGGAGCUGCAGCUGCCAUAAUCGUCUAUGACAUUACUAGCACGGAAUCGUUCGCAAGGGCCAAGAAGUGGGUGCAAGAACUUCAAAAACAAGGCAAUCCUAACAUGGUUAUGGCACUUGCUGGUAAUAAAGCUGACCUGGAAGACAAAAGGAAGGUGACAGCUGAGGAGGCUCGUAUUUAUGCAGAGGAGAAUGGUCUUUUCUUCAUGGAGACGUCUGCUAAAACUGCUAUCCAUGUCAAUGACAUAUUCUAUGAGAUAGCUAAGAGAUUGCCUCGUGCUCAGCCAGCCCAGAAUCCAGCAGGAAUGGUUCUUGUGGACAGACCAACAGAAAGAUCCCAUGCUGCAGCAUGCUGCUCCUAAGCAGCUUGCAACACGCAAUUAAUUAUUCUCAAAUUUUCAAUGGCUAAGUAUGUUGCAACUGGCCCAGUUUUGUCAUCAAUUUGUAUUCAACAAUAUUGGAUCAUGGGAGGCUCCUCUGGGCGUGGUGGUGGCUGCCAGUUGCAGUAGAGAGGUGGCCCAAGUACAAGGAAGAUGUUGCUUGUUUGACUCUCCCCCAUUGGUUGGUCUUCCUUCCUUGAGUUGAGACACCAACCCCUGGUGUCCUAUGGCAGGAUUCAACACCCCACACACAAACC